CGCCGCUCCCUCUCCAGGCGUUGGACAGCAGCAGCCACCACCUCGGCCCUGCCCCUCUGCCUGCCCCCCCGCUCCCCUUCGCCGAGAGCCCAGCAGCGCGAAGAUGGCGGCGUACAAAUUCCUCCUGCCGCCGCUCAGUCGCCGCAUCCUUCUUCCCGCCGCCCGGGCGCGGGGCACCGCGGUUGAGAGUUUUGGAUACUGUUUUUCCACUAGCUGUCAUCGCAACACCAAAUUUUAUACUGAUCCUGUUGAAGCUGUAAAAGAUAUACCUAAUGGGGCAACUAUACUUGUUGGUGGUUUUGGAUUGUGUGGGAUUCCUGAAAACCUCAUUGGGGGUUUAUUGAAGACUGGGGUAAAGGGAAUAACAGCAGUCAGUAAUAAUGCAGGCGUUGACAAUUUUGGACUUGGUCUUCUGCUUCAGACGAAGCAGAUAAAACGCAUGGUGUCAUCAUAUGUCGGAGAGAAUGCUGAAUUUGAACGCCAGUAUUUAUCUGGUGAGCUUGAAGUUGAGCUUACACCUCAGGGUACACUUGCUGAACGUAUUAGAGCAGGAGGAGCAGGAAUCCCAGCAUUUUACACCAGUACUGGUUAUGGGACACUGGUGCAGGAAGGGGGUGCACCUAUCAAAUACAACACAGAUGGCACCAUUGCUAUUGCCAGCCAGCCAAGAGAGGUGCGAGAGUUUGAUGGCCGUCACUUUAUUCUGGAGAAGUCAAUUACAGGAGACUUUGCUCUCGUGAAGGCAUGGAAAGCUGAUCGUGCAGGAAACAUAAUUUUCAGGAAAACUGCCAGAAACUUCAACCAACCUAUGUGCAAAGCUGCCAAGACAACUGUGGUAGAGGUAGAAGAAAUUGUUGACAUAGGAGCAUUUGCCCCAGAAGACAUUCAUGUUCCCAAAAUCUAUGUUGAUCGUCUCAUACAAGGAGAGAAGUUUGAGAAGAGAAUUGAACGCUUAUCAAUUCGAAAGCCUGAAGACUCAAAGGCCAAACAAAAACAAGGAGACAAUGUGAGGGAGAGAAUCAUCAGACGGGCUGCUUUAGAGUUUGAGGAUGGCAUGUAUGCUAAUCUCGGUAUUGGAAUCCCACUGUUGGCCAGUAACUUCAUCAGUCCAGACAUAACUGUUCACUUACAGAGUGAAAAUGGAGUCUUGGGCUUGGGUCCUUAUCCACUUGAAAAUGAAGUAGAUCCAGACCUGAUUAAUGCAGGUAAGGAGACAGUCACUGUCCUUCCAGGUUCUUCCUAUUUCUCUAGUGAUGAAUCAUUUGCAAUGAUAAGAGGAGGCCAUGUUGAUUUGACAAUGCUUGGAGCUAUGCAAGUGUCUAAGUAUGGUGACCUGGCCAACUGGAUGAUUCCUGGUAAGAUGGUGAAAGGAAUGGGAGGUGCCAUGGACCUGGUAUCCAGUGCACAAACCAAAGUGGUUGUUACCAUGGAGCACUCAGCCAAGGGCAAUGUUCAUAAAAUCCUGGAAAAGUGCAAUUUACCACUUACUGGGAAACAAUGUGUAAACCGCAUCAUUACAGAGAAGGCUGUGUUUGAUGUGGACAAGAAGAAGGGAUUGACCCUUGUGGAAAUCUGGGAAGGACUGACAGUGGAUGAUAUCAAGAAAAGCACUGGCUGUGACUUCGCAGUUUCACCAAAACUAACACCAAUGAGGCAGAUUUAAACGUGAAAUACAGACUGGGCUUAACUUGCCAGAAGGCUCGUUUCCAAACGGGAGCUCAGUGAAGAGAAAUUGAUGUCUGUUUUGCAAUUUACUUCUUCUUUGUCUUUUUUUUUUUUUAAUUUUUCUAAGGGCUUGUUAAGUAGUUUCCAGAUAGUUAAACUCAGGCUGUGACUAUCAGAAUUGUAUUUUACUUUCAUUACCUUACCAAUUUGAAUGAAAGGGUGAAAUUAUUCCCUAAUUAUUGAAUGAGGUUAUGCUAAAUAUUAACAUUGUCAAAAAAAAAAUAAGCCCUGUUGUCUCUCUGCCAAACAUUACAUUUUUCACACAGAACCAGAAAAUGUCCAUGCAAACUUACAAUUGCUUCUCCUUUUUCUGAUGUCAUUAAACUUACCAGUUACUCCAUUGCUCUGGAGCUACAGCACUUUGGAUGGCCAUUCUCCUGUGCCUGUAAAGAUGUGUUGCUUUCUCCUAGAGUGGUCUAGAGCAAAUGUACACACCUGUAGAGAGAUAUCAGGAAUAUGAACUUUCCUUUUCUUGAGCAUUUUCAUGAGUGACAAAACUCUUUAUACUGAUGGAAAUAACUAGGUCCUUAGCCCUAGCUGUAUCUGAUGUUUCACAGUGUAUCUGUUGACGUUAACAGUCCUACACCUCCCACAGUCAAUCUCUGAUCCCUUAUAAUUCAUAAAAUUGUAGAAUCAUAGAAUAGUUAGGAUUGGAAAGGACCUCAAGAUCACCUAGUUCCAACCCCCCUGACAUGGGCAGGGACACCUCACACUAAACCAUAUCACCCAA